AAUUUUUGUAUUCCUCUCAAGAGUUGUGAACGCAAUCGCAGAUACGAUAUAUGAUCAGUUAGAUUUGAAAGAAAUCGUUAAUAUCAUACUAUCCGGGCGUAAUGCUAUCCCAACUUCUUGUAGCAUCUAACUAACCCAUCUGUAAAAUGUUUAUGUUGCAUUUGGUUCAUUUUCUAAUCGCAUUGAAGUAGAACGAUGGAGGCUCCUGGUCGCUGACGUGGUUUGGGUGCUGUGUUACAUUACAUUCUUACAAUUUGGUGAUUAUAGACAUUAUUACAAAUGAGUAGUAUAAAUUAGAUACGCCAUUUCAUAGUUACUGGCAACAAAGCGAGGUCAUUGCCGAAGGAACUCAAAACUCUUAUUGCGGAUAUCUCGAAACCAUGUUUCCAAAGAUGAUGGACCUCUUAAUUCAGUUCGAUCGACAGUGCAGUGAAGGAAAAAGUUGUAGAGCUGUUCGAAAGGCGAAGAUUCGGUACGAAAUUAAAAGUGUAAAUUUGUGAUCAGUGGGCUUAGUGUUGUGAUCAGUCGAUCUUGGAAGGAUAGUUAGUGUGAAAUAUUUUUCCUGUUCUAUUGUUCAAAAAAAUCGAGUGUGAAACUAAAAUGUGAAUGCGAAUUAGUGGUGUAACUGAAAUUAGCAAAUUAAACUUAAUGUUUAUAAAACUAUAAGAAAUUAAGUAGAGUAUAAUAAGUGUACAAAGGUAUCCAAAGUACCAUUACAUACUAUUCGAGCUGCUUUCUAAACAUCCUUACAAUAUCAUUCUGAAUGCUGCUAUCGAAUGCAGAUAAAUACUUGCUUACGUACGUAAUCCACUGCUAGGCGUUAUGCUUUAGAUGUGUGUCGGUGUAUUUAAGUGAUUGUGCAAGAGUACAAGGGUGUAUUGGUAGAUGGAGAUCGUGCGCAAUAGUAGGCCUUCCUACUAAGUGGUGUUAUCGCCUGCAUCCGGAGCCAUAUCGGGGCGUUAUGAUUGCGCCUAGUGAUCCUCACUUUUCACUUGCAAGUGUUUAGUGUCGCUCGUGCGUGUGUGUCGUGUGCAGCUGGUUGUGCAUUUUUUACGAGUGUGCGUGUGUGUGUGUGCGUGUGUGCGUGUAUUUAUGUGAGGUGAUUGUGAAUGUUUCACUCGCACCUUCCUGUUCGUCGGUGCGUGAGUGCGUGCGUGCCAGUGACACUGUUUUCACCGAACCGCUACCAAGGUCUCAACCGACACCAUCAAUGAUAAUGUCACGUAGGAAGCAGUCCAACCCAAAGCCACUUCUUCAGAAAAGAGACGAUGAGGAAGCCGGUGACGAACACCACCAGCAGCAGUCACAGACCGUAGCGGAGGAAAACGGUGAUAGCAACAGCACAAUAGGAAGCAACAACGGCAACAACAGCAGUGGGAAUAGUAACAGCGUUAGUAAUAGUAAUCACAGCAGCAGAAGUAACAGCAGUGCCGAAAUGAAUGGCGCCGGUGGAAUAGAAGGUUCGGUCGGCCUCGAAACAAAGCAUGAGACGGAAAUGAGUGAUAGAAGCCCAUCGCGCCCGGGUGCGACACCUUCGCCGGCGGAUGAACAUCCCAGCGGUGCGGCGGUGACGGAUCACCAUCCCGAUCCGGACGGUGGCGACACACCGGCGGAAGAAGCGUUGCUGCAGCUGCGCGAAAUUAAGCAAGAACCCAACCUAGACCAGGAAACGACCGGCAAAGAGCACCGGCCCGGCUCGACGAGCUCCGCAUCCCAAGCUCAAACGCCCUCGCCAACGCCCGUGCCGAUGCUGCGGCUCAAUGUGGCACUGGCGUCCGAUCCGGCCGCAAACCCGGACGCAAAGGAUCUCAAAAACCUGAGCGAUGCCGAAGCCGCCCUCGAGGAGAAGCAAUCUCAAACCCAACAGCAACUCGCACUCAACAUGGCGAUCGGUCCACCACCGGCACUGCUCGGUGGUAGCACACCGCCGGCUUUACUGAGCCGUAAACCAACGCCAUCGCUCAAGGGGCCCGAAUUGGCAUUGCCGGUAGAAUUGCCACCGCGGCUGCCCAUGUACAUCUGUGGGCCCUGCGGCAUUCGCUUUUCUUCCGCUUCGACGCUAGAAGCACACCAGACGUACUACUGCUCGCACCGCAAAGAUGCGGAUGAUGCAGGCGGUGGUGGUGGUGGUGGCGGCGGAACGGGAGGCACAGGAUCCAACGCUAGCACGGCGGGUUCUUCCACGGCUCCGAGCGUUGUGAAGAAUGCACAUUCCGGCAGCGAUGGAGCUGGCGAACCACCGGCCAAAGCACUCAAAACGGGCAAACAGUACGCCUGCUCGCAGUGUUCGUACAGCGCGGACAAGAAGGUAUCGCUUAACCGACACAUGCGCAUGCAUCAGUCGUCUCCAUCGCCAUCACCGGUCGGGGCGAUCGUAAACGGUGACGAAGCCGUCGUACUCGCCGGCCACCAUCAUGUGCAACAGCAACAGCAGCAGCAGCAGCAACAACAACAACAACAACAGCUUCAACUCAUCCAAGCGCAGGCAGUGGCCGCUGCCGCAGCCGUGCUGCAUCAACAGCAGCAACAGCAAGGACAACAAUCGCAAGGACCAGCACCACAGGUCGAUCGUUACUGUUCCGAUUGUGAUAUACGAUUCUCCAGCACCAAGACAUAUCGGGCGCACAAGCAACACUACUGCAGCUCGCGCCACCGCGAAGGGCAACAGUCGAACAACUCGACGCCGAAACCAUCGUCCGCACCGAAGUCGGGUUCGCAGAGCCCGCCAGAUGUACCGAAAACGCCACCGGUGGCCGCCAGCCAGCAACCGUUUCUGGCGCUGCCGACCAAUCCCAUCAUCGUGAUACCGUACUCGCUGAUCCGAGGGGCUAGCGUGAUUCCCGGUUUGCUCUCAUCCCUUGCACCCGGCGUGGCCAAUCCCGAAUCGGCCUGUUUCAUCUUUCAAAAUGGAAGCUUGCAACCGAUCGCGAUGUCGCUAGCGUCACAGGUGCAAGCAGUAACGGCUGCCAUAGUACCGAGCGGAUUUGAAGGGCUGGUCGGACACAAUCAAGCACAGCGACCGACGCCUGCUUCCGGUGCUAUCGGUUGCAAUCAGCAGUCACAUCAGCAGCAGCAGCAACUAUCCCGCGGACCGACGCCAAACAUAUCGAACAGUAGCGAUAACAACAGUGUGCACAGUGGUGGUUCUGGUGGCGUUGGUGGUGCAUCAUCCACCGGCGAAGUGCUCAAGGCGAUCAAUAAGCGGGACAACUCCGCGAACAAAGAGCAACCGACCGGUUCUACUCCGCUGGAUCUUUCGGUACGCCGAAUGUCACCCGGUGCGCUUGGAAGUUUGAGUCUUCGCGAACGAUCCCUCUCACUGUCGUCGGCCGUGUCGGCCGAUCCACGACUAGAUUUCGACAGUCUCAUGGAGGGAAAGGAGAAUUUAUCCGUCAGCGGUGAUUCACUCACACCGGAACAGAUUGUGUGUGCACCGUCGUUGCCCGGUAGUCCACCGCUCACACCUUCACCGAAGCGUCGCUCACACAGUCCGCGUGGAGGCGGUGGAGGUGGUCAACCGGUAUCAGCCGCCGUAGCCGCAGCAGCAGCAGCGGCAGCUGCUGCUGGACAGCAUAGUCUCGGUGGCCCUGUAGGUGGAUUGUCCAUUUCACCGCUAACAUUACAGCAGCAGCUCAUGCGGCCACUGCUACCGGCUGACAUAGCACUGCGCCUAUCGACCGUUGGUGAUCCGGCCGUUAAUCUGAACCUCAACAUCCUGCCCAGCGCACAUCCGCUACUGACGAAGCAAGGUGUCGAGCUGGCGCUUCGGCUUUCCUCCUCGGGGGGAUCCGCUUCGGAUGGGUUGGCGAAACCACAGAUAUCUCCACUGCUCAACAGCAUCUCUCCAACCGGUGGUGGUCCGGUGGCGGUAGCCACCGGUGGAUCCACGACCGUUCUCACUUCCCAAACACCGCAAAUCUUCGUCAAGCAGGGCGAUUCCAAAUGCAAGGAGUGUAACAUCGUGUUCUGCAAGUACGAAAACUAUCUCGCCCACAAGAAACAUUACUGUUCCGCUCGCAACCAGGACGAUGGUGAGCUGCCCAAGGUUAGUCCACCGAUUUCCCCGCAAGCGGGCGGUGCCGCACCUUCCGGGGCGAGUCCAUCAAUUAGCGUCGGUUCGGUUGCGUAUCAGCAGCUGAUAUGUGCGGCAUGCGGUAUCAAGUUCACCUCGUUGGAUAAUCUCAGCGCUCACCAAAUGUACUACUGUCCGAAGCGGAUCGACGCCACACUGCCAGUGAACGCCACACCAGCGGCUGUAGUGACUGCCCAACCGCACAAGGAACGUUGCUCGAAGUGUAAAAGUAUGCAUGAACCUGGCCACCCGUGUACGGUCGCCGGUCACGGUGCGUACAAGUGUCCGAUCUGCGAGGAGAUCAGCCCCAACUCGACCGAGGCACGUCGCCAUAUGGAUACGCACGGUGGCGUGAAGGCGUUUCGAUGUACGAUCUGUCGGUACAAGGGCAACACAUUACGUGGCAUGCGCACACAUAUCCGUAUGCACUUCGAUAAGAAAACGAGUGAAUUUAAUGAGGAAAACUUCAUCACCUGCAUACUGGAAGAGGACGGAAUCGAAAUACCCCCGGCAGGAGCGCAGAAUGCAGCCGCCAUGGCGGCAGUUGCUGCUGCGCAUGCGAUCGCCACGCAAAAGUUCGCCCCGGUACAGGAAGCGCCGGAUCAUACGGGUGUACCGCGCAUUUCGCCACCCACGGCAACGGCCGGCAAUGGACAGGUUGUGCGACAUCACUGUGAGUUAUGUCCGUACAGCUCCAGCUAUCGGGUGAAUGUGGCCAAACAUAUCAAACACGUGCAUGGCCGGGAAAGGCCUUCAACUGGCCACUCGCCACUGAUUGGCGAGGGAGGCGAAUCUUUGCUGUACAAUGGUACGAUCGGUGGCGAAACGGGCAGUUCCAUUCCACGACCCCCGGUUACCAGCACACCAGGACUUACCGUGGCUAAUAGUCAAGUCAUUAAAACGGAACCAAAGGACGAUGUGCCGGCCAGUGGCAGCAGUGGGCUGCAGGAGGACACGGACAACCCGGACAUUAAUGUGGACAUAGUGAUGGAAGAACCGGCCAUCAAGAGCGAACUCUUUGAUCCACAUAUGCCCUCGCUCAACUCACCGCUCGGUUCACCACCGUCUCCACUUGCUGCUCCCGCCAUGCCGCCACUACUACCGGGGGCCAACGUUACCCUGAAAGCGAAAUCUCAUCAAGCGGCCACCGCAACAAAUUCACCACCGCUGGAGCACGGCAUUAAAACACCUUCGCCACCGGUAGUGGAGACGUCAUGCGGUGGAUCACCCGCCUCCCAGCAAUCGGUCCUUCCGCCCGGUCCAAAGUACUGUGACACGUGUGAUAUCACGUUCAACUACACCAACACGUACAUAGCGCACAAGAAAUUCUACUGCAAGGCAGCGAUCGCGGCAGCAGCAGCCGCAGCGAAUGUCGCUUCCGGCACCCCAACCGGUCCCGUUGUUGGACGGCGUAGUGCAUCCGCAUCGCCUAGCCGGGCAGCAACCGGUGGUGCAACAAGCCCGGCCGUUGCAGUAGCCGUCAACCGAGCGACGGAAACUUCGGUCUAGGCAAACAGCAACACCUAGGACGGAGAGUCACCGACGAGAGCAUUAUCAUGUGUAUACGGUUAAAGUUUAGUCAGUCAUCGUGAUCGUGUGAAAGCAGAUCGCCCUUCCGAGCUGUGUGUUGUGUUGGCCCGAGCCCUGCGUAGUUCCUUAAAGGAAGGUGGUAGACAUUUCCCAAGGAAUUAAAAACACAACAAGGCGCAAGAGAGAAUGUAAAGCGAGCAGAAAGAUGAAGCGCACGGAGGAAAACGGAACAAUCAAUGUUUAGCUUAUAGUUACUAGUACGUUAUUCGAUUGUAGCCUUCGGAAUCGAGCGGAAAGGAAGAAUAUGGAACUGAUAAGGAAUAUAUGCUGAUUAGAAAAAUAACACAGCUAAACUAAAGCAUACCCGUACCCCUAUCUCCCUUGCAGAAUUACAUUCCAAUCCUGCUAGUUUAUAGUACACCAGGUUUGUGUUCGCAAACAGGGUUAAACUUACGCUCAGUUCAUCCGUAUUGUUUAUAGUAAGUAAAGGGAGCCUUUUUUAGUUCAAUGAAUUUACUCCCGCGUCGCCAUAUAAAGCGAUCGCCGCCGCUCCGUGUGUGCGUGUCUGUCUGUUACGUUAAAGCCUGAGUUUACCAAAGUGUUUAUCGUUUUAUGUUUAAACAAACCACGCGGAACACGGGAGGUGUUUUGUAUGCGUGAUGUUCAGCCAUUAAGUUUAAUAGGAAACAGAUGUGUAUGUUUUGUUUUAAUAUAUAAUAUAAUCACCUUACCGUUCUUCCUCUGUUCAGUGCGGGUUAGUGUACAUCGUUAAGUGUAACACCAGUAAAACAAUAAAUAACACAAAACAAGGAAAAGGCUGGCGUGAAAAACUUUUCUUGAUGAUGAUGAUGAUGAUAAUGAUGAUUGUCUUGUUUGGUGCCAAUUUAAGUAACGCUGUACGAUUGUGUGUCUAUACUGGGAAGACGCUACGAUAUAUAUCGCGAUUAUAUAUUAUACAUCGUCCUCUUUUCAUAGCAUAGACGGAGCCGAUCACGUGCGCCUGAGUCUGAUCCUUACUACCAUCGUAGAUGUUAGGAGUUUUUAAGUGUGUAUAUGAGCACCAUUAAACCACCACGAGAGCACCAUAUCCGUGUCGGUGCACCGAUAUCAAUUCCACAUAAUCGCGUCAUAUAGAAAGUAAUUCUUUCCGUAGUUUCGUGAUGAUCGUUGUAGUAUGGGCUGUAUCUCUGCUCGAUUUGGAUACACCUUUGUCUUCUACAACAUGCAAAAGAAGGUUAUGGAACAAACGAACGAUAGAUAUCCUUAUUUUCCAAUUAUUCGGGACGAGCCGACAAUAGGGCUAACACGAUCACGAUCAACCAUAAGAUGUGUACAAUGAAGUGAACUGCUUCUCACCUUAACGCCCUUUUGCAUUGAAUGUACUGCUUCACCAACCAAAAGAUUAUUAAAAUGCGUAUUGUCGUUUCAUAAGUGGGUUCAAUGGUGCGCCCGUCGUUGGGGGGAAGCUGAAAAGCCGAAGAAAAUAGUAAAAGAAUGUGUGAAGUAGAAAUCAAACAAACACACAUAAAUUCUCUCUUGCUUGUGAAAGUGAACGAUUAAUUAACCUAAACCUUUAAAAACUAAGCAACAGACAAAACAAACAGUUGAUGGCGUCACGUCUCCACAGCACUUAAUACACAAGCAAGCAAAAACGAUCAAAAAGCAGAAGGCAUACGUUUACGGCAUAGAAGGACAAAAAAAGCAAAUGACAAUAAAUUAUUAUUUAUUGAAUAUCGUAAUAAAAUAGGGGAUUGCACACCAAACAUGCUGCUGGUUCGCGUAGGCAUGGUAAACACCGAACACGGCAAAAGAUCUGUAAUAAACGUUAAAGAAAGUAAAGAAUAAAGCUAAUGGAACAAAAACAAUAACACAA